CUGCCUCCUUGAAGGGCAAGCGAAGAGGAGGCAGCUAAGUGGGCGAGUGAGUCCUUGCAACAGGCUUUUGCAAGAGCAGGAGCCUCUGGGGCAGAUCUGGUGCCCCCCCAGGGCAUGGCAGAGACUCCAAGCAAGGCUGGCAUUUGAUCCUCAACCCAAAGUCUCUGCUGCUGGGAAUGCCAAGCUGUGCCUGGAUCGGGCUUUCGGAAGGUCGCCACCACCUUUCCCACCACUUGGGGGCGCUGUUUGGCCUGCUCUUCCCUUGGGUUCGCCUCCAGCCGGGGCCACCACGGAAAAGCCCAUGAUGUACACCAUCACGCGGGGACCCAGCAAACUGGUCACCCAGCGGAGGACGGGACCCACCCAGCAAGUGGAGAGCAAAGCCUUGGAGCUGAAAGGCCGACGGAGAGCCCCCCAGCACCAGCCAGAGAAAGCAGAGCCCCCCAAAGAGGCCCAUCUGCCUUCAUCUUGGCAGCUUGCAAGCCCAGCUCCCAAGCUUGUAUUCAACAGAAUAAAUGGCAAAAGACCACCACUAACUAUCAAGCCCAUUUCAAACACAGAGGAAAGCUACACUGUGGCUCAUGAAGAAAAUGUUCGGUUUGUCUAUGAAGCCUGGCAACAAGUAGAACAACAGCUGGAUGACAGCCAGCAAGGAGGCAGCAGAUCUGGUCCAGUGCAAUAUGUAGAAAAAACACCCAGCCCUGAACUGAAAGAUUUUGUGCCUAUAGACCUGGAGGACUGGUGGGCACAGCAAUUCUUGGCCAAGAUUGAGAAUGGCUCUUAGUGAUGGGUAAAAGAAAGGUUAUAAUAGGGGAAAAUAAUACAAAUGAAUUUUACUGUAAGAAAAUGCACACCUGUUCAGUCGAAGAUUGAAGAGGAGAGAGAAGAGGGACCACAGCUGUCCCAUCCUUGCAUUCACCCUGGAAGGAGGAAGGAGUCCGACUUGCAGCUGGAUGUGUCUGCCUUUCUUUUCUGGAAGCACCAGAAUUCGAGCAAGGAAGAUUUCCGUGGAUUGUAUGUUCUUUGAAAGUACUGUGGCAGCAUGGAAGAAGGGAUAUAGGGAGGGGCUGGCAACCCUGUCCUUCUCCCGUUUGGAGCUGGAACCCCAGCACUGACCUGGAAGGUCAGGAACUGCUUUCAACAAUAAAAGUGCCCAGUGCUGCCAACACAACAAAUCAUGCUGCUUGAAGGCAAGGGGAUGCAUGUUGGGAAGGUGCCAAGGGUGACAUGCAUGUGCAAAUUGACCACUGGGUAUUUGUUGCUCAGGCCAAGGGCAAGAGGAAACCCACAGGGUUGGUUUAGUCCUUCUGUCUGUACUGGCAGGUUGGCAUGAGUUUUGCACUGUGAUUUCGCCAAGAUAGGGAUAACUAGAGCUUGGUAAUGUCACUUUGGGAGGAAACAACUUGCAGAAUCCCCAGCCAGCGUGGCCACUGGCCACGCUGGCUGUAGAUUCUGCAAGUUGUUUCCUCCCAAAGUGACAUUCAUUGCCACACUCUGGACCUGGCAUCCUCUAGCUUCAUUGCCAGUGUGUGUGUCAACGUGAAUGCUUGUGCAGUCACAGGCUUAUGAAGCACAAGGCCAUAGUGGCCUCCCCAGAUUUGGGGUUCACCUUUCAGACCAGGGAGGGCCAAUCUCCUGUUCUUUGGGGACUUGUGCUGUUUUUCUAGACAGGAACAGAGAGGUCUUGCCAUCCAGCUCAUUUUGAACUGUGACUCCCCCAACCUAGGACAGAUGGGAGUUGUUGACCAAAUAAUGUAGACCCCAGACCAUAAGUAACCUUUAGAUCACAUUUGAAUCAAGCUCCUCUAUCAGGAGACAUACAUCUCCAUAGCUAUGUCUCCCACUGUUGCCUCGCUAAACCCACUGUCUAAGCCACAAAGCCCCAUCUGAGCAAGGGAACCAGCAACAAUACAGCCAGACCUCCAACUUAUACAAUAAGUGAAAUUGUAAUGUUGGAAAGCAGACUUAGGACACUGCAGUUUACUAACAAGAUGGCAUCUCCAUCUUUUUAUAAAGGACAGAUGAGGUACAUUCAGGUCCUGGAGAGAUGGCAAAACUUACAGGCCCCAAGUAGCUGUCCUCUUCUUCCUUAAGGUUUGCAAAGGCUGCCAUUCAUUUGGCAAAGGCUGAUUGCUAAAUUAAUAAUGGAGGCGCAUGUACGUCCUGAAGCGGAUUCUGCGUGCUCUUCCAUUUUGGUUCAAGAUGAGAGUCCCAGGCACCCAACCCUUGAACAGGGGGAUAGCCGUUUGAAAUUUUAACAUGUAAAUUCAAAAGGCUGAACAUAGUACAUGAACUUAAAAUUGUCAAGAUCUACAUUUGGAUUUUGGUAACAUUUUGUUUUGCUUGACAGUGCCUUGCUAAAGAUCUCUGGUGCACAAAAACCAUGGAAAGAUGAGGAGUCCACCAUUUUGAAAAUCCAGUUUAUUUUUUGAGAUGGAGAGAAAUGUCAUCACUACAGCCAACUGCAGUACAUAGGAGCCAUUAAAGAGUGGAUAGACAUACAGACACAGUUGUCUGAGACAUGGACUAGCCCUGCACCCCUCCCUUCCUUGGUUCACAGCCUGUAUCUUCCUAGUCUUUUAAAAAUACACAAACACAUACAUUUAAAAAAACUCAAACCAUGAAAUAUGGGGCAAAUCUCACAAGGGGGGGACUCUCACAGAUUAGAAGACCUUUGCCAAGUGAGUUUUUGUGGCUUAAUUCAGUGGCCAGGGGAGCAAAGGAUGGACAUUUGCUUUUGUUUGUCCUCCCGAUAAGAAGAAUUGUUGUAUAAUUCUGUUGGGGGGGGGGGGCUGGUGCAAAACCAGACCUAAGAAAUGUUAUAGCACAAACUGGAUUCAUACAUAUACAUACACACGCACACACAUUGUGCAAAAUAGCAGUGAUUUGUGCAAGAGGAAGGGAUCUGUGCAAGAGGAAGGGAUCUGUAGCAUUAGCAAUGGUACAAAAAUAAUAAUGACAACAAGUUGCACUCCUAGGACAUUCUGAGCAGCAUUGCCCUCAGUUCUGACCUGUCUCCUGUGGAGUCCUAACACCGUGGAGGGGAAUGUGUGCCACUCCAGACGUUAUUGGACUGCAAGUCCCCUCAUCCUUUGCCAGCAUAGUUGACAGUAAGGGAUGCUGGAAGCUGCAGUCUUAUCACCUGGAGCGAUACAUGGCCAGAUCCUGUUAAUGACAGAUGCAGACGUUAGUUGCUCUACACACACAAAUUUUGUGGACAAUGCCAAUGGCUGUAUCCAGUGGAGAAUAGUGGAAUUAGAGUUCUACAUGCAGAAUGAUUGCACAUAUUAAUGUGCAUCAAACAUAGUGUGCAAAUGUUGCCUUGUUGUUAGCUGCCCUGGGGUCAAUUUUGACUCACGGAGACCCUGUGGAUGAGAGAUCUCCAAACCUACCUAUCCUCUUCUAGAUUUUGCAGAUUCAGGUCUGUGGCCUCCCUAAAUGAGUCUAGCCAAAUGCUGCCACCAAUGUGAAUGUGUUGCAUUACGUUAAUAUUCAUUGCAAAAGGUUCAGCCUGGCAAUUUGUCAGAGUUUAGCAUGCCAGGUUGAGAUGUCCACAAGGGCUGGGCAGCCAAACCAGAGUUGACAAGGCAGUGUGACUGUUCUGAAAGCAUUUUGAACACCUUCAAAGACAGUAGGCCAGGAGAGAGGUCAGAUCCUGGAACUGGACAAUUCCUUUUCAAGAGAGUCUGCAGAAUAUUCUGAUAAAUUGUUCCCCAAAUAAAUUAGAGGGUACUGGCUAAACCGGACGGAAUGUGAUGAUCAACACAACAAAAUGAACAUGAAGAUAAAGCAAA